UGUCAUAUCAUCCCAUACAGCCAUACAGCUCUGAAUAUUAUAAACAACUUAUUAAAGUUUGAAACUGUAAUGAUAGCGUAUGUGUACCAGUCACUGUUCGUUUUAAGUUCAACUGCAUCAUCUUGCAUACAAUCGAAAAAAUUAAAUUAUACCCAAGUAUAUAAACUGUUGCAUAAUUUAAAAGAAAAAUUAAUCGAAGGAGUUAAUAAUUUUGAAAUUAUUUUUAUAAGAACUACUGAAUUUAUUGAAUAUUUACAAACGAUUUUGGAAAAAAUGGAUGGAACAGAUAACAUAUUUUGGUCAAGUACUUUUACGAAAAAAAAAAAACGUUUUAAAAAGAAAAUAUCAGGUGAAUUGAUAGCAGACGAAAAACUAGUUGAUGAAAAGAAAUGGUUUGAAGUUGAAGUUUAUAAAGAUCUUUAUAACAACGUACUCGCUAAAUUAAGCAAUAGGUAUAUGAUCAAUGAGGAUGUAAUUCAAAAUGCUGCAUUUUUUUAUCCAAGAACAUUUUCACAAUUAAAAACUCCCGGAUUCAUGUUUCCAGAAGGAUCAUUGUCCAAAAUCGCAUCCAUGGCCAAUGUCGAUGUUUUAGAUAUUCAAUGUCAGUUGAUAGAAUUUGCUCAAAAUUACGAGGCCAUAGCAAAUAUAGAUGCUAGUAUUCUGUAUCAAGAUUGUAACGAUGAAUUUUUCAAAGAAGAAAAUGAAAACCACACAGAUAUGGAAGAUGAUUUAAAAUGUGCAUUAUUCGAAAAAAAUCGUUGUAAAUCGUGCAUUUCAUGUGCAUUCCCAUAUGUAUACACAUUAGUGACUCAUACACCAAAUUACAAUGAUUAUAUACGGUAUAAAAGGUAAUAUUAAGUUUAGCUUUUACUCAAGUAAGUUGCGAAAAGAGUUUUUCAAUACUUAAAACUAUAAAAACUAGACUUAGGUCAACUCUUUCUAACGACAAAUUAGAAGCAUUCAUGUUUAUGAACCUUGAACGUGGCUUGAAUGUACCUCAUGAUAUUAUAAUUGAUCGAUUAGGUGCCACUUCCACUGAAAUGAA